AUGGACCAACUCUUUGCGAAACUUAUAUUGGAAAAUAUCGAUGCCGCUGCUAUCGCCCCUCAAGAAGUAGCUGAGCUUCCAGUAAACUUGACAGUCGAACGGAUCGUCGAUUUGUUCGACAAAGAACUCCGUUAUCGUGUGCAAAACGAUCAAUGGGCAGCUGAGGGUCGAAAGUACUUUGCAGCAAAAGUGCGAUUUUUUGUAAAUCAUAAUUCCACAUUGCAAUUAUGCCUUCCAGCGUUCCCAUGCAAGUCAUCGAAUCAGGAGAAGGUGGUGGGUGUCCUCCCAGAUAGGGGCGAGGAAAUUGCCCUGCGCCGACUGCAUACUUUUGCGCAUAAAAUUGAACAAUUAUACCCACCUGGAGCUAGGAUCUUGAUCAUCAGUGAUGGUCAUGUUUUUAGCGACUGCAUCGGCGUUGACGAUGAGACGGUGGAUGAAUAUGGUGAACAUCUCAAAGUGCUUAACCGAGCUAUUUCUCUAUCCAUGGGUGAGAAGACCGAGCGAGUUCAGUUCCAAUCUCUGGUGGACCUGUUCAAUCUGACAUCGCUCUCACCUUUGACUUCCCCGAAUGCUGUCGGAAUGCUGAAUCUCCCCGAACUGCCACAUUACCUUACCACAAGUCUAGGCGACUUGGCUGAGUUAUGUCGUCGAAUCCUGGUAGCUGGCUGUCAGCCAUCUGAAGAUAGUCUUCGUACGCAAAUUGAAUCUGGGGACGAGUCCACUUUAGCCCUGUAUCGUGGGUUUUCACGAUUCAUGCUCCAGGAUUUAGAUCGACAUCCACUCACACAGUCACUGUCGCGCUCUCAGCGAAAGAAGCUUGCCACUAGAGUCUCGUUCGAGAUGAUCUUGCGAAACCAAGCGUAUUCCAACUUAAUUGAGCUAAUGUUCCCGGACCGCUUGCGCCUAUCAAUCCAUGCCCACAAUAACUCCGGCCCCAAGUUCGGUAUAAGACUGUUUGACUCUGCGACAGUACGCACCAUUCGCCAACUGGAUUCGGUGGGUAGUGAUGAUGGUGAUGAUGAUGGUAACGGUGAUGAAGAAGGCACUGCGACUGCAUCGCAUCUUCUUCAUAUACCUACACCGUGGCAUAAUUGUAUCGUGGAAGUCGCUGGUGAUCCCAAACUCUAUAUCGUGAAAUAUGGUGUUGUCAAGCAUGGGUCGUUCAUUCACAAUUAUAGUUCUCACCUGAUCAAGGGGAAUCUCGCGAAGGGUGAAGGUGCUUUUGUGUCGUUGAAAAGACCAUCAAAUCCAACCCGAACCGCAUGA